AUGCAAGCCAACGUCGCAACAAUGGCACCCGUGACACCAGCUGCGUUCUGCACCAUCGAACCUGCCAGCAAGUCAGAGCAAAGUAUCGAGCAGCAGCCAAUGCCAGAGUGGGCCGCCUCAGCAAUCUCGUACUUCCACCAAGGAUGUCUACCAGUCACACUCAUCGCCCUAACAAUAUCGAUAUGGUCGCUCUGGGCUUUGAGCGACGUCUUCCCAAGUGGAGGUGUCUGGACGAUCAUUCAGCUCGCCUUUGGCCUGGGCGUCUUCAAGGCAUCGGAGUGGGCUUGCAACAUGGCGUUUGCGGUAUACGCAAUGUUUGUUCUGAUGCACAGAGGAGUGAAGAAAUUGGCAGCGUCGCACAGCAAGCACAUGCACUCCAUUGGAGAGGAUUACUGA